AAAUUUGUAAAUAAAACAAACAGAACACGACAAAAUAUUUUGGUACAGCUUUUCUUGAGAUCAUAUACUUGUAUUAUCUUAAAUAUAAUUAUUAAGUGAAUUACAAAUAGUCCUGUAAUUGCAACAACAACCGAGAGUGACAAGGAAUGUGUAAAAUUUAUUGGCCAAUAGCGCUUCACUAACUGCUAAGAUAAUGUUUGCCUAGUAGUUUGUAGUGCAUAAUGUUGGAAGCAAUCGGACUUCUGGUGUUGACGGGUGUGCUUUGGGGCUGCACCAACCCCUUCAUCCGCCAGGGUACGAAGGGGCUCCGUGACGUCACCGCCACCACAUUACGAGGACAGGUCUGGGCAGAAGUCACGUUCCUACUCGGCAAUUGGAGGUACGUGUUACCAUGGCUGGUGAACCAGACAGGCUCGCUGAGCUACCUGGCGGCCCUGCAACGCGCCCCCCUAUCCGUAGUCGUGCCCACUGCCAAUAGCCUGGCCUUCGUCUGCACCGCCCUCACCGGUGUCGCCGUGGGAACUGAAGAACCGCUUGAUGCAAAGUCUAUCGCUGGCAUCGUGCUCAUCAUGCUGGGAACAGCUCUCUGCUGCUUCGAAGACAACAGUUGACAUUCGACGUAGUUGAAAAUUUAACAAGUUCAAAAUAAUACUGUGUUUUACGCGAGAGGUGGUAACAAAACGUUACACAUUGCUAAAUCAUCAUAUAUAGAUAGGUACAUAAUAGUUUUUAUAGUAAAGGAAAUAAUGUUAUUAUUUUUAUUAUAAAUUUUUGAGUUGAAUGAGAGCAAGUCGUAAUUUCAAUUUUAGGAUGUCUCGUGAUAGUUGCUAUAAUAAAAAACGUUUAGUUAUCUUUAUAUGUUGUAAGAAUUGCUACUAAUUAUAACGGUUAUGUGACUAAAUAACUGUAAGCAGUUUAAAUAUGUGAUAGUUAAUGCAUUUGCAGUUCUUAAUUAUAAAUACCUGUCUAUGGUUUGCGCAGAAUACUAACAAAAUCUUGUUUCACAAAAUAUACUUUUUAAAAGUUUUUUUUUUAUUCAAGAUAUCUCUUAGUAAGCCAGUGUCUGGAUUUGGCUUUGCCUUUAAAGAGCCUUUAAGCACAUUUUACUGUUGGUACCGGUUGCCAUAAUACGGUAGUUUCCAACUAGCCAAAUUCAAUACCUACAUUUAUCCAAAUGUCAAAAACUAUACUCUUCAAUGAAAUUUGUAUGAAACUCCAACACAUGACGUCAUAGUAUUUUUGAGUCAAAUAGCUUACUUAUUUCUUAAAAAUCAGCUAAAAAUAUCGAAAAUUUAGUGUAUCGACAGAUGGAUGAAAAAAGUAUAGUUAUUUUUCAAUAUUUUAUUGUAUUGUUAAACAUCGAAUUAAUUUAUUUUUAGCAAACUACCUAAUUAUGACGGAUAUACAUUAGUUGGAUUUUUUUUCAAUAAGUCACGCAACUAGCAAACUUAUUGUGGCAACACAAAAGUGUGCAUGUCCGGCCUUUUAGGGUUGUAAGGGAUUUGUACCAUUGCGGUCGACUUGAUCUAGAGUCACACUUUAAUUCUUGCAAAAUUAAGUUUGUUUUCUGCGCCAACCAUAGACCAUGGGAAUUUGACGUUUAUAAUAAAUAGAAACAAAAUAUCAGUUAUUUUAAUAAUUUUCAAUUUUUAUUUUAUUUUUGUCAAAAUGUAUUUUACAAUAAAUAUUAGGUACAAAAUAAGAGGCACAUUAUAACUUUACAAGCAUUUUGGUAAACGUUGCGUUUUAUUUUUAAUUUUAAUACAAGAUGUGUCUUUGAUUGAAUGAAUAAUGCCAUAAUAUCAUAUCAAUAUACAAGUGAAAGAGCUGCGAAAAUAUAGUCUCUAGUAUAAAUUUCUUCCAUUUGAAGUAUGGUGAUAAAGAUAAGAGAAAAGAAAGAUAAAACAAUAAAAUAUGUACGCUAGUACCGUAAGAACAAAAUAGGAUCCAAAGUUUCAUUUUU